AUGAAUAAUGUGGGGAAAAGGAAGGAGCUAUGGAAGGAGCUUAUCCACCAUGCCAAUGUUAGCCACUGUGAGCCAUGGGGUAUUAUAGGCGACUUUAAUGUGGUUAGAUUUGCGGGGGAAAAGAAGGGAGGUUCUAAUCAAUGGAAUUCGCAAUGUGAAGAGUUUAAUGACAUGUGUAAGGAAGCUGAUAUUGAUGAUCUUAAUUCCAUUGGGUCAUUCUUCACUUGGAAUAACAGAGGAGAGCUCAAUAGGAGGAUUUGGUGCAAACUUGAUAAAGUGAUGUGUAAUGAGCAUUGGAGCAACAGGUUUCCCAACUCUUUUACAUCCUUCCUUACUCCGGGCAUAUUAGACCAUUGUUCAAUGGUGGUUGAUAGUGGGCUGAACUUUCAAGGUAAGAAAUCCCCUUUCAAGUUUUUCAACUUUUGGGCAGAGCAUGAGGACUUUUUACCUAUGGUGGAGAGAGAGUGGAGUGUGCAGGUGGAGGGUAACCCCAUGUACAGGCUGGUCUCUAAGCUAAAAGCAUUGAAGGUUGAGCUGAAGAGACUAAAUAGAAAGGAGUUCUGGAACAUUUCGGAAAGAGUGAAAUUUGCAAGAGAUGAUCUAGCCCAUGUUCAAGAAAGGCUUGUUGUGGAUCCGAUUGAUGGUGCUCUUUUGCAAGAGGAGAAAGUUAAGGUGGAAAACAUGGUCAAGCUUUCAAAAGCCGAAGAAUCAUUAGCCAAGCAAAAGUCUAGGGUUAAAUGGUUAAGGGAAAGGGAUGCUAACACUUCUUACUUCUUUAAAUCGAUUGCUGGAUGGAGGAAUAGAAAUAAGAUUGUGUCCUUGGAAAUUGGGGAAGACUCGGUUACAAGUGAUCAAGAUAGAAUCAAAGAGGAGUUUGUGUCUUUCUACUCAAAUCUUUUCAAAGAAAAGUGUGCGGGUGUUUCCUAUGAGGGCAUGGAGGAACUUAUCACCCCUGUUAUUUUGGAGGAGGAGGCCAACUCCAUGAUUUGUGAGGUUUCCAAAGAAGAGAUUCAAGAGAUCAUGUUUGGAAUGAGUAAAGACAAAGCACCGGGGCUGGAUGGUUAUGAUGUUGUUAAAGCAAUCCAAAAUUUCUUCAAGUCUGGGAAGAUGCUUAGAAAGGUGAAUUGUGCCAUUAUUGCAUUAGUCCCAAAGAAUGAAAACCCCUCAUCUUGUAGUGAGUUUCGGCUGAUCUCAUGUCGUAACACCAUUUACAAAUGCAUCUCCAAGAUUAUGGCCAAUAGAGUUAAAAGAGUUUUGCUGCAGUUCGUCAACAAAGCCCAAGGUGCCUUCGUGGGGGGGAGGAAAAUUAUGGAUAAUAUCCUUUUGAGCCAAGAACUUCUCCACCACUAUGACAGGAAGUCGGCCAAAGGGGCUAGAUGUGCAAUGAAGGUAGACCUUAUGAAAGCUUAUUAUUCUGUAAGAUGGGAUUUCGUUAUUAAAGCUCCAGAGCUUCUCGGGUUUCCUUUGAAGUUUAUUGGGUGGGUAGAAGAGUGA